AGAUCUAUCUAUCAACUUUGGUUUCCCUCCUCUUCUUCUUGUUUUUCUCUUUUCCUUUGGUUUUCUUCUCUGGUCGCCGUGUUUCUUUAUGUUAAAAUAUUGAAUGCCCCUCCAUCACAGUCACAUGAUCUUUUUUUUAUCUCGUGCUUUGUUUCCCUCUCCUUCCUCUUCACCCUGGUCGAAGCACAUCCCCCAUUUUCCGUUGCCGUUGCUUACAUUGUGUUGUCUCUUGUGUUUCGUGUGGUGGAAUCUCGUGCUCCAUUUUCAUUUUCAUUUCUCGUUUGCGAUUAUUUCCUUUACUGGAGGUAAGACAUCAACAGCAGCAGCGAUACGACGAAACGGCACUCGAGGAUCUUCUCAUUUUAUCUACCAUCGUAUUCUUCUUACUUCUUUAAAAUCCGGGCAACAACAUUUGUUUUACUGUUUUGUAGGCUCUCUUUUUCUUUUCUUUUCUAGACCUCUUAUUCUCCUUUUGCUUACCUUGCUCUGUAUGACUCCCUCCCGACCACAUCCCACCACACACGCACGCAGAAGUGGGGAGUUCGUUUCACAGUUUUUUCUUUCUGAACUGAGCAUCACCACCACCACGCCCGCCAUCACCAUCCCCCGAUAACACCCGCAACAGAGAAAAACAAAGAGUUGUAAUAUAUACAUUUAUAAAUAGAAGGGAAAGAAACUACAAUGCCCACCUCAUCUCCCCACCGCACGAGCAACGUCGCCGCAGCGGCGGCGCUGCAGUUCUCCGUGGACUUCGAUCCCCUGCACGGCGACAGCCAACCGAGCGUUCUCCUGUUAACCCAAAACAUGGGCGGCAUUGAGGCGGCGUACGGCGGCUUCAACGGUCUGGCAGAGGGCCCACCGGGGCUGUCGCCGGCGUCCGACCAGCCGGGGGCCUUCUCGGCCUUCCCCUCUCUGGUGGCGUCCAUGGGGAGUCCGUCGUGCGCGGCGGUGCCGGAGGACAUCGAGGCGGAGCUCAGCGUGUCCGCGGCGGUGCGGCAGCAGGUGGCAGAAUUUGUGGCGGACUUACGGGCGUGGCUGCACCGCAUCUCCUACAUCUCCGACGCGGCGCGCGGGGCGGAGAAGGCGGGGAGCGCACCCGCGAGUGGUGGUUGGACGAAUUCUGCCGGGGCUGCGACGGCCUCCACCACAACCGCCACCGCCACUUCCUCUUCUCGCAAUCCUAUUGCGGGGCAGACCGCGGAGCACUUCCUGCGAGGCUACAGCCCCACAGCCCGCCCGCCGAUGGUCGACGUGGUCGUUAUCCACUUCCAGGAGAUCGGCGGCAAGUACAAGAACAGGCAGUUCAACAAGUACUUCAAAGAGCAGCUGGCUUCGAUGCUGCUGCCGGAGGCAGGGUGGACCAGCGGGCUUUUGACGGAUGAGCGGGAGAGCGAUCGAGCCGUCGUCAGCAGCAGCGCGUGCCAGCCGACGCGGGUGCGGACGGCCGCCACCACAGCUGGAGUGCAUCAUAUCUCACCGACCGCGCUGACGGGGCACACAGGUGCUCCAGCGGCGUGGGGCUGCCCCGACGCGAGCGGCACGGAGACGGAUGCGAGCGAGGAGGAGACCGACGCAUUCUUUACCGCCAUUGGCACCAUCAUUUUCCUAUCCCCCCGCGUCAUGGGCAUCACGAGCUGCCUCUCCGUGCCGCACCGCACGUACAUCCCCAUCGUCGAUGACCCGAUGACCUACGCCGGCGAGGCGGGGCGUCUCUUCUUGAGCGGCAAGUUCGCGGAGGCUGGCCGGUCGCGGAAAGGCUUUCUGAUGGUGUCGCUGCGCGUUGGCACCGUGCAGUUUAACGUGUGCAAUGUGCAUCUGUUCAACGAUGACGACAACCGCGUGGCGUUGGAGCAGAGCCCGAGCAAGUACGCCGGCCGCCGUCUUCGCGCUGUGCAGGAGGCGAUGGGAGAGUGCAGCGCCAUCAUCGACUUCGCCGAGCCGCUCUUCAUAUUCGGCGACUACAACGUGCGAAUGGACGGCAAGGCCUUUGUGGGCUGGGCAGAGGAAAAGGAGAAGAUAUCCAUUCGUCCUGGCAAGAAGCAGCUGCGGUGUCCGGAGCAUUUGUGGAGCCUCUUCGCGGACCCGGCGCGCGCGGCGGAGCUUCGCCGGGUGUACGACACUGAGCCGCAGCGGCUGAUGGAUGAGGUCGCGUUGAUGACAAAAAUGGAGCUGGGCGAGAUGCCAGUAACGUUUGCGCCGACGUACUCCCGUGUGCCGUACCGUCAGCGCGGCGACGUGGCUGCUGCUGCAGCCACUCAAAACGAGGAAGAAGAACAACAUGCACAGGGGGCGAAGGAGCGAGACGGAGCGCAGGCGGCACCGUUGGCGACGUCGGUGAUGGCGCCGCUGUCGCACGUGAUGGCGUCCGCCACGCGCGACAACUUCUGUCACGACCGCCUGCCCGCCUGGUGUGAUCGGGUGCUGUUCAACGUGGCUGGCCUGGAGUGGAUCGCAGGCGAUCGGGCGCGUCCGUCACCGCCGCCGCCGCCGUCUUCUCCGUUAGCUGCCUCUGCGGUGCGGGAGAGGCGGAGGGCGGAGGCGUCGCAGCCUCGCUGGUACGCCUACGAGGCCAUUGACUUCGCUCACAUGGAUCACGAUGGUGUUUACUUGUUGUUUUGA